CAGAGAAUUAAAAAUUAAAGUUUAAAUACAGUUAUUUUAUUAUAAAUAUUAUUAUUGUAUAGAAAUUUGAGAAAAACUAUAUAAAUUUAAGUAUUACGUCUUUCUAAAAAAAUUAAUUCUUCGUUGCAAUAAUAGGAACUGUUUUUAGUUCUCUUUUUAAAACGCACUUAUUAGUUGUUGUAUAUGAAACAAAAAUAAAGCUAUGUUUUGCUCAUUGUUGGUCUGAUAAAAAAUAAAAGCUUACAAUAUAAAAAUGCAUCCGCUGCGCGAGCGAGUGUGCGAUGAAUUGCUGGAAAAUCCGGCGUUGCGCACACCACCGCCGGAACCGGAACGACCACGGCCGCCUCGUAUACGGAAACCGAGAGAAUUCAAACUACCACCGCGAUUUCCAUUGCUAUCCAAGCAGUUCUAUGCCAAUUGGUGUAACCAUCAAAAAGAGCUACAAAUGAGCAAACACAAAGUAGACGACAGCCCUCCAGAAUUGUUUCCUGAGCUUUACCUGAAGCCACGCAGGUUGGACUACUAUGCGCGACAAUUAGAAGAAAAUAUGAACGUCAACAAGGAGUUGCUUAAACGAAUUAAUUUAAUUCAAAGAACUGGGGGGUUUGUCGACUGUUGGAAUACAGAACCAACGAAUACUUACAAUAAACUACUUUGCAAGCAAAGACAACGAGUUCUAGACGAGAUACGUGUGAAAAAUCUAUAUUUCUAUUCAAGAUUACUAAUUGCACGAUCGGAGCAAUUGCUUACCAAAGAAUUAGAUGCAUUCUGGCAAGAUACAAAGCAUAAAUUAAUUUUGGGGGCCUCUUUGCCAUUUAUUUUAUUUAAAACUGAGAAAAUUGAUCGUGACAUAAGAGAUCCAGCUUUUGACAAGCCACCGAACGUCCAUCGCACUAGGGUAUCAAUGGACAUAUGUGUGUUGGGCGGAUCAAGGAUCGGUAAAGUUACAAUUGAAUUGUUCAAUGACAUAGUACCAAAGACCUGUCAGCUAUUCUUAUCUCUCGUCAAAGGCGAUACCCAUGGACACGCGUAUACUGGCACCAGAUUCUUUCGAGUCGUUCCAAACCUAUACUGCCGAGGUGGAGACGUCACGAAAAAUAACGGUUUCGGGUGUUACUUACCCGACGGCGAGGUGGAGCCGAUGGGCGCUGAAAGCUAUUGCCUCAAACAUUCAGUACCUGGUGUACUGUCCAUGGUGGUGAGUUCAGACAACGAAGUGUGCGGACAAUUCAACAUUAUUUUCAAGCCUUUAUCACAGUUCGAUGGAAAACACGUCGUUUUUGGGAGAAUAGUUGGAGGCCCCGCACAAGCCUUAGAAAGAAUCAGCGCACUGGGACUGCCCCUCGGGACUACCACCACUGAUUGCAUUAUCCGCCAAUGUGGAUGGUACACUCGCACCGGACAGUUCAAGCCAGGCAAUGAGAAUACUAUUAAGUUCCCGCCCCGGAGGAAGGCACAGAAGUGAUAGAACGUAUUGUUGUAAAUUUGCUUUUGUUUAUUCUUCGAUAAUUAUUAUACUUUGCAUAUAAAAAGAUUGUUCUCAUUUAAAAUAAAAUUAAUAAAUUCAAAUUUUUGUAUACAAAAUAAAACGGAUUCUAUAUAUCUAGUAAUUUAAGACUUUUUCGUCAAAUAAACUUGUUUAUGACUCCA